AUGAGAGAUCGUCUGAUGAUAACGGCCAUGGCCACUAUGGCUUUCACAUCGGCUCAAGCAUGCGACAUCGUCCCUGCGGUCACGCAUACAUUCUACGGAUUCCCUGACAACGAUCCCCCAGGCCCUGCAAUCGCCUACGAUUGUGGUCGUGGCCUCAUAGCCGGCGGGAUCGGCACUUUCGACGAUCCUCUGACCUUCGCUUCGGCCCCUGGCGAGUUCACUCAGUGCGAAGUCAUCUUCGCCCCGUAUCUACCCAAGUACAUUCGGUUCGAGGAUCUUUGCUCUCAAUGCGCAGAUGAAUGGACCAGCUCUGGUAUCCAUCACAUCGAUAUCUGGACGGGAAGCAACACCACCGACGGAGGCCAGGACCAGAUCAACUGCGAAAUGAGCCUGACCCCGACGGGCGGCUUGUCGAUCGUGCGUAAUCCCAGUGCGGAUUUGGUUGUUGAUGGUAUGUUGCCACUUACAUUCGCCAUCUUUAGCUGUGGCUGGUAA